AUGUUGUCUCUCGUCCUCACAGUGUUCUUUGUGAAUGUCGCAAUCUACCUAGUCAACACGAUCGGUGCCAGCACCAUCGACCAGCUGUUAUGGCUACUAUACCUCCGCCUGCCGACGCCGACAUCGCGAACAGCUCGCAAGCAGCAACAACUGAAGCGAGCGGUGCUUGAACAAAAGCGCGAAAUGAACAACACAAGCUCCCAGGACGAAUUUGCCAAGUGGGCGAAAGCGCGCCGACGCCAUGACAAGACCCUGGAGGAAUACGAGGCGCUGAACAAGGACCUCACAUCUCAAAAAUCCUCCUUCGACUGGACCGUCAAGAUCGCCCGCUGGCUCAGCACAAACGGACUGAAGAUCUUCCUUCAGUUCUGGUACUCGAAGACUCCAGUGUUCCCGCUGCCAGCUGGCUGGUUCCCUUACUAUGCGGAAUGGAUUGUGUCGUUCCCUCGCGCGCCUUUGGGAUCUGUCAGUAUCCAGGUCUGGAGCAAUGUGUGUGCUGCGGCGAUUGCGCUUGCUGCGGAGGUUGUGGGAGCUCUGUUUGUCCGGAUUGUAGGACAGGCACAGGCCAAACCCGUCCAGGCUGAGGCCAAGGCUCAGUAA